AUGGCCUACAAUGACUUCUGCCACCGUUUGGAUGAUCUGAAGACGCCAAGGACCAAAGUAGCCUAUCGACGGCCAACGAUGGCUUGGUACGGCAUCCUCUUCACCCUUUUGACGACGAUGGUAACAGUGACGAUGACGGUCAGUCUGUCGCCUUUGGUGGGCAUUGCAGACGACGCAACGGCGACGGCGACGGUGAGGACUUUGGCCAAUUUUACUCAUCAAAUGGCUGUUGUUAAGGCUGAGGUUGAAUCGGCCACGGCAACAGAGUCAGCGAGACGGUCGGCCACUUUUACUCCUUUGGUGGUUGUUGCUGAGGAUGAGGCUGAAUCAGCAACAACGACGGCGACAGCGACGGCGAGGCGGUCGUCCAGUUUCACUUCUCCGUUGGGUGUUGCUAAGGCUGGGGCCAAAUCGGCAACCGCAACGAUGAGGGUGACAACGAAGAGGAGGUCAGCCACUUUCAUUCCUCCCGUGAUUGUUGUAGAAGAUGGAGCUGAAUCGGCAUCAGCAACGGCGACGGCGACGGUGAGGACUUUGGCCAAUUUUACUCAUCAAAUGGCUGUUGUUAAGGCU